AUGGAGAAACCUGACGAGCUGAUAGACUAUGGCGAUGCUAUUGACUACUGGACGAGCAUCCCGCCCACGGUGGACGGUGUGCUGGGUGGUUACGGCGAGGGCACAGUGGUGCCUGUGAUGGAUGUGCUGGGGUCGAACCACUUCCUGAGGAAGCUGAAGUCGAGGAUGGUUGUCGAGCCCGGGUACAAGAGAGUUGGGUGUGAUGUGGGUGCUGGUAUCGGCAGGGUUACCAAGACCAUGCUGCACAAGCAUUGCGAUGUGGUUGACCUUGUCGAGCCCGUCGAGCCCUUUGUGGCGCAGAUGCACCAGGAGCUGGAGCCUCUGAGACAGGAGGGCAAGAUAGGUGAGAUAUAUGCGCUGGGCAUGCAGGACUUUGUGCCCGAGAAGGGCAAGUACUGGCUGAUAUGGUGCCAGUGGUGUGUGGGCCACUUGCCCGACGAGGAGCUGGUCAAGUUCUUCAGGAGGUGUGUAGAGGGCCUGCAACCGAACGGGACCAUCAUAGUCAAGGAGAACAAUACACCAACGGACACAGACGACUUCGACGACACAGACUCCUCCGUCACCAGGUCAGACACAAAGUUCAAACAGAUAUUCGAGCAAAGCGGCCUGAAACUCAUCGCUACAGACAGACAGAAGGGCCUGCCAAAGGAGCUGUACCCUGUGCGGAUGUACGCAUUGAAGCCAGUGGCAUAA